UGGGAAGAUAACUUCAGGCUAACUUCAGUGUGAUGCUAGCUCAGCUGGUAACACGUGGCAGCCAACGUGAACAUACAGACAGCGUUACAUGGCUUUUUAAUCAUUCUCAUUCUUUACGCAUUUCGGAACGACUUAACAUUAAAGCGUUUUACAUACCUCAUCUAACUUAACGCCAUUUAUCUGGCUAAUUGAGAUAAGCUAACAUUAUCUAGCUGAUGCUAACGUUAACGGUCCUGACCUGAAGGCUAGCAGCCGUGUGCCUGGGCUCUCGAGACUGUGAACCCAUUUUAUCACCAACCAUGAUUUGUGUAGGGGACGAAGACGACCCGUUCCCUGUUGACGACUGUCUGUUCGCGGACACAUAUUCCCAAGAUACGGUUUACAGUUUAGUCGGCGAAGAGCUGAAGAUAAGACAGGUGUUCGGUGCCAACCUCGGCGUGGCUGCCCCGGUCUGGGAAGCAGCGUUAAACCUGUGUGGUUACUUCGAGGAGCAGCCGGUGGAGCUGAGAGGAAAGCGCAUCAUAGAGCUAGGAGCAGGGACUGGUGUAGUCGGUAUUUUGGCAGCACGCCUCGGUGCAGCUGUGACCCUCACAGACCUUCCUCUGGCUCUCUCACAGCUUCAGGCCAAUGUCUCUGCAAACAUGCCAUCCAGCGGUUGGCCUACUGCCCUCCCCACCGUCCUCCCUCUGUCCUGGGGUGAAGACCACAUGAACUUCUCUUCUGACUGGGAUCUGGUGCUUGGUGCAGAUAUAGUUUACCUCCCAGAGACCUACCCACUGCUGGUGGAGACACUAGCUCAUUUGUGCAAGAACGGAGCCGUGGUAUAUCUCUCAUCAAAAAUGCGACAAGAGCACGGGACUCCAGGUUUCUUUGAGGAAUGUCUGCCAAGCAGAUUUAAUGUAGAGCUUGUGCACCGUGAUGACAAACAAAACAUUAAUAUAUACAGGGCGUGUCUGAAGAAAGACCAGUGACAGCAGAGGCAAAUAGGAUGGAGGACUGGGACUUGAUCAGUAAUGACUCUGAUUUCUUUGGUGCCUUUUCAGAGGACAGCUCAAUGUUCUUGGAUAAUACAAUGUUAUAUCUGCCUUCUAAGUAUUGAUUGGAAAAAAUCAGUUUCAGAUCUUUUUUAAAUCAUUUUUUUAAGGUGCAUUUUUGUAUUUUAUAAUGCAACAAUUAGUUUUAUGAGCUUGUAAACAAAGUAGUAGUUCUCUUCUCAUGCAUUGACAUGUUUCAUUCAAUCAAUAAAUUGUAUGUGGAGUCUAAAGAAAAUAAAUGUUGGUGCUAGGUUUAAAUACAGAAAUCAGGUCAGAGUUGUGGGACACAGAAUAACUACUUGUUUACCUAGUUGUACCAUUGGUUUGUUCUAAUGAAGUGGUACUUUUAUUUAUGGCUAUUAUAUUGACCAUUUUCACUUGAGACAUCUGUGAUAUCCUAUUAUUUCUCUUAUAUCAAUUGAGAUUGUUUUUACAUGCUUUAAUGUUAUUACAAGUGAAAAAAUAAAACUUGUCAUCUGUUA